AUGACAAACACUAAGCAGGGAAGCCAUGGAGGCUCAACGCAUAGCUCCGUGCCGAAUGCGAAGAAUGCUUCCAUUCGAGUUGGAAUUCGUGAUGGAGUUACGGAAGAGUUCAAUCUAGUGCCUCGAGCAGAAGCUGUAGUCUCAGUCUUUGACUCAAAUUUCCUGAUUGGCGACGGCAUCUGGGAAGGUAUUCGUGCAAACAAGGGCCGUGUUCAAUUCGCCAAAGAGCACUUAAACCGCCUCUUCCAGUCAGCAAAGGCCAUGUAUAUGGACCUCGGUCUAUCGAAAGGAGAUCUUCUUGAUCUCAUUCACCAAACGCUUGAUGCGAAUGACAUGGGCGACGAUGAGCAUGUCCACAUACGGCUUGUCGUUAGUCGUGGUCUGAAGGCUACUCCGUACCAAAACCCGAAGGUCAACAUCGGUCUUCCUCUCAUCGUCAUCAUUCCCGAGUCAAAAGCAGUUGAUCCCAGCUCCAAGUCGAGAGGCUUAAGACUCGCGACAACAUGGGUCCGCCGAGGUCCACCUGACGUGAAGGACGAGCAGUGGAAUCAUAUCUCAAAAGCAACGGAUGUUCAAGCUUGCAUCCAUGCCAACGUGAUGAAUGUUGAUGAAGCACUCAUGCUUGACCUACGUGGCUUUGUCAAGACGUGCAACUCAGUCAACUUCUUCAUCGUUCGGGGUGAUGAAGUCUGGGCUCCGACCAAGGAUAACCAGAUGCAAGGAAUUACCCGUCAAAAAACGAUUGAUGUUUGUCGAGCGAAUGGCAUUACUGUCAGAGAACUGGACUUUACUCUGACCGAGGCAUAUGGCGCCGAUGAGUCUUUCUGCACAGGGACGUUCCCCUCGCAAAUCCACGUUACUGAGAUUGACGGCCGAGUGAUUGGAGAUGGGAAGAGAGGCGCAGUUACAGAGAGGAUACAGCAGCUGUACUCGGAGCUCGUAAGGAAAGAUGUGGAGAGGUCAAGGGAGGAGAUAAAGGCCGAAGUGGUAACUCCGCGAGACUUGUCGUUCCUGAAGUCAAAACUGUAA